CAUUACAGCAUCGCGUGUUAAUUACUCUGUGUUCAGAAGCAGUACGACAAUCAAGUAAUGUCACAGUAAAUCCAUUUUUUAAACUAUGAAAAAUAAAUAAAUAAAUAAACGUCCAAAUAUAGUUUAAUCCAAAAUGGCGACUCGGCGUGUUGCCAUGGUUACCAGUAUGUUUAUAUAGGCUAGCGCGAGCGCGUGGCUAAAAGCUAGCUUACCUGUAACACUUCAGCUGCUUGACUAGCCACAGGUUGGCGUAAAUGAAAUAAAAAGCUGAAUUAAACGCACUCGGACAUGGAGAAAGGUGAUAUUAUUGAUUUCUCAGCGCUGGAGAAGGAGCUGAAGCGCGCUGUGGAAGCGGAUAAAAAGUACCAGAGAGAAAACGACGCUAAAUUCCGCGCUAUUCACCAAAAAGUCGCCACUUAUGAAGAGUUCCGGGACAUUGUGCAGGCAUCUCACCUGAAGCCUUUAGAUAAAAAGGACAAAAACACACCGCGGAAACAGCCCUGGAACCCAAUCAGUACCAGAAACACAGAACUGACGCACACCAUCACUGACUCACUGCAGUCUGUGCUGCGUGAGUCGCAGCCUCGCAGCGAGUCAGAGUUCGGUCGAGACUGGCGCAGGUUCAAGGGCAGCUCGGUGGAGAAGUAUGCUUUCCUGCUCAGGCUGGGUGGAGAGACCCUGAGGGAGAUGUUCCACACUGAGGUGGGCUUCGGGUUCCUGGGCGAGUUCCUGAUGGUCCUCUGUCAGUGUUUCAGACCCCGGGACGAGGCGGCGGUGCUCGGAGUGCUGGAGGGACUCUCACUGACCGGCCGCUUCAGCCUCAGCGUAUCUCUGCUGAGUGAAGAGGAGCGAGGAGCGUGUGAGCGUCUGUUCUACACCCUGCUGGAGACAAAUCCCAACCUCGCCGAUGUUCCUGAGAGCCAGAAGGAACGAGCUACAGAGACUGAGGAAAACACAUCGCAGGAUGAUGGGACUGAGGCAGCAGGGAAGCUCAGGGCUUUGAUGGCAAAGUAUGGAGUUUGUGAAAGAGUGAAAUAGACAGUCAGUUCCCUGAAUGAAAAAACUUUCAAAAUUAAAAAAAGUUCAUUAUGUUCCUGCUGAGUUUUUUGGUGAAAGGAACAAAUCAAGCAAAAGUAAAUGUGCAAAAUUUUUAUGGCCAGCAAUGAGUGAAUAAAUAAAUAAACAA